ACCUGAAAUAAUAAAUUAAAUUCAUCAAUAAAAUUUAAAUCUUAUGUUUAAACAGAGUACCCAGAUUUUACUGUUGUCGUUUAGUAUAUAAGGGGAGAAUUUACGCAUAACUGUACUUGAGUUCUUUGCUGUUGUUUGCUUUGAGCGGAUUUCAAGAUGAAGAUCGCCAUUAUUAUUGCAUCUCUUGCACUUUUGUGUUGCACUUUUUCUGCACCUGUUCAACAGGAUGAUUGCGAGAUUUUUUUUAGUAAAGAGUUGUGUUCAAGUUACAAUAGCAUAAAAGACGAUGAAUCAAUAAGCAAUGAUAGUCUUGAAGCAAAUGAUGUUGACGAGGCCACUCAAGAAUUUUUAAGAAACGCUUUGAAAGCUAAAUUGGAUUUUCUUAUUAACCUUGGAUUGUUACAAAGAAUUCCAUUUAUUGGGCAAGUCAUUCACGAUUUUGUUGCGGCCGAUCCUCAAGGAGUUGCUGAUGCUUUAAAGGGUGGAAUUUUUGGUGUUAUUGCAAUUGGUCAAAAAAUCAUUCAAAGACUUCUUCAAGGAUAACUUUAUUGUUAUAAAUAUAUUUUUAGACAAAUAUAAUAGUUACUUACAUUAA